AUGAAGUUAAAUUGGUUAUCAAUUUUAUUAAUUUUUAUAUUAUAUAUUUCGAAUGUUUUGUCAUAUAUAAGUACAUGUAACGGUCCAGAUAUUUAUACAGAAAAUUUAAAGAAAUGGAGUGAUGUAUCUUCGUGGACAUCUGGCAAAGUACCUGUUGAGGGUGAUAUGGUCCAAAUUCCAAGUGGAGAUAGUAUUUUAUUAGAUGUUUCAACUCCAAGAUUAACCCAAAUAUGGAUUCAAAGUGGUGGCCAAUUGAUUGUUAGUUCAAGACAUGGUCCAUUAGAAAUUACUACUGAUGGUAUUUUAAUUGAAGGAAGAUUCGAUAUUGGUGACGAUAAUUGUCGUUUCAACGAAAGUAUUACAAUUACACUUACUGGUAUCGAAGGACAAGGUUAUAUUGAAUCUAGAGGUGAUUUCCUUCAAAAGUAUGUUGGUGUUUUAGCUGGUGGUAGAUUAGAAAUCCACGGUUAUCUUAGUUAUCCUAUCCCAACAUGGACCAAGCUUACAAAAACAAUUACUACUGGUGCUACCAUUCUUAAUUUAUUGGAUGAUGUUAGCAAAUGGCCAGUUGGUAGUCAAAUUGUUAUUGGUUCAACCGAUUUUGAUAUGUACCAAUCCGAAGAAGUUUAUACACUCGAUUGUCCAGAAUGCACAAAUUAUCAACUUAAAAUUAAUGGUACAAGAUUUUACCAUUUCGGUGCUAUCACUUAUGGUGUCGAUGAAAGAGCUGAAGUCGGUCUUUUAACUAAAAAUAUUGUAAUUAGAGGUGAAAUGCAACCAUCAUGCAAUGGUUCCGCUUUAUGCAAUUACUUUAAUUUCGAUGGUUUUGGUGGUCAUGUUAGAGUUGCUAAAGGUUUUGGUUCAGUUCAUCUCCAAGGUAUUGAGCUUUAUCAUAUGGGUCAAAUCUAUAAUGUUGGUUUUUAUCCAAUUCAUUUCCAUAUGUGUGGCGAUGUAGAUACAGGAAGUUAUUCUAAUUGGCCAACCUUUGUCAAAGAUGUAUCAAUUCAUCAUACAUUCUCACGUUGUCUUACAAUCCAUGGUACAAGUGGUCUUAUUGUAGUUAGCAAUUUUGCUUAUGAUCAUUAUGGUCAUUGCUAUUUCUUUGAAGAUGGAAGUGAAACAAGAAACUAUUUAGAUUCAAAUGUUGGUUUGGUUACUCGUUAUGGAUACAUCUUGCCAUCAGACAGAAGUUGUGAAGUUUGCCUUUACGUUAAUCCAAAAGACUACAAUGGUAAUGCUCUCGAUUGUGGUACAUGCGAAGCUGUUGCUACUUUCUGGAUCACAAAUCCAGAUAACUACUUAAGAAAUAACAUUGCUGGUGGUAGUGAAAAUACAGGUUUCUGGUUCCUUAUUCCAGAGGGUGUCAGUGGUCUUUCUGCCUACCUCCCACAAUACCAAAAUAUUCAUGCUGAAUUUAUUCCAAUUGGUAGUUUUAAUGGAAAUAAAGCCCAUUCAAAUGUUUUACAAGGUUUAAAUAUAGACCAAGGCCAUCAAAUUCAUCAACAAAAUGCUACCUAUCCAAAUCCAUACCUUUCAAUGACUUAUUCUCGUUAUAAACCAAGAGUAGAUCCACUUAACCCAUGGACAUCAGAACGUGCAACUGCUUUAGUAUAUGGUUACACUGGAUAUAAAAAUAAAUGGAGAGGAGCUUGGGCUCGUGGAGGUGAUGUUGUAUUCCAUUCAUCAUAUUUCUCUGAAAAUGCAAUUGGUCUCACUAUGGGUUCAGAAGGUGUUAUGCAAGCUGAUGCCGGUUCAACUCAACAAUGUAUUGGUUGUACUUUUAUUUUAGAAACCGAAAAUGUUGGUAUGUCUACCAAUGGAGUUAACACUUACGGAGGUGUAACCAUUCCAGCAUGGUAUGAGUUUACCCAAAGAGGUUUAGAGCUCUAUGAUGGUCCAUUUGUAUGUCAAUAUUGUACAUUUAUUAAUUUCAAUACUGAUGGUAAUAGAAUUACAAGUGGUAUUGGUUGGUUCUUAUAUGACGAUUGGAUUUUGGCUUCAACCACAACUUUUAGCGGCACUACUUUCCAAAAUACAAAUUUAGCAGUUCACAAUCUUCCAAGUAAUUAUGAUGGUGCUAAAAAUCAAAUUUUCCACGAUGCUGACGGUACCAUUACAGGCACUUAUGACUCUUAUGUAGUUCCAAACGUUCCAUACUUUUAUUCACCAAAAUGUGUUGCAAAUACUUUGUGGAACACAACCGUUUGUACUGAAAAAUUUGCAAGUUUAUAUAUAUAUAACAAAGAUCUUUCAGCAAGCAGUAUCCCAAAUGGUGCAGGUGUAAUCAUGAUUAGAGAUGAAUAUUCGUACUAUCGUCAUUACCUUCAAGGUGUUCCAAAUACAUCGCCAAGAAGUACAUUUAUGCCAUUGGUUAUGCUCGGUAAAAGCUACACAAUGCAUUUCCCACACCCAACCCCACCACAUCUUCAAGUACAAAUGACUAAUUUUAAUGCAAACGAUUCAACUGUUGUUGGUAUUUGUUAUCCAACCUGGGGUGUUACAUUUGAAAUUACAAAACAAGUUAUUGUUAGUAAUUGGGCCGCUGUAACUGAACAGGUUGUUAUGGUAGAUUCUCUUGACGCUGUUAAAGCUGACCCUAAAGGUUUGUCUGCUUUCUAUGACUCCAAUACUGGUCUCCUCUUCCUCAAUGUAAUUCAAGAAAGAACUCGUGAAUGGAAUUAUUACUGUCCAGAAUUGGGUUGUGAAACUUAUGAUAUUCAAAUUAGUGGUUUAGGAGUUAAUACAAAUACUGGUGAUUGUUCCUAUUUAGCUUAUCCAACCUAUGCUAAAAUGUCCUAUGCUACCCGUGGUGGUUGUAAUGGUUCACCAGAUUUAGUUAUCGAUGCUUGUGGUAUUUGCGGUGGUGAUGGAAAAUCUUGUAAUGCAAAAGAAAAUGCAGUUGCCGAAGGUAAUAGCGAUGCAUCAUCAUUACUAUCAAAACAUUUGUCAAAACUUUUAUUCUCUAUAUUUAUAAUUUUAUUUAUCACAAUUAUGUUUUUUAACUAA